GUCUACUUUUUUGACAACUAAACUUCUCUGCAAGCAAAUUAUCCGUUCUUUCUUUCGAAAUUAUUAAUUUAACAAUAUUAUUCUCACUCGAUGAGGUUAUGAUUUGCGCUCCGUGUAUUAAAUAAGUGAAAAUAAAUAAGAUGUCCACCAAGUAAACUGCUGGUUUUAAUAGUAUUGUAGAUGCUGUUUAGAUUUAUGUUAUUUUACAAAAGUUCACUUUUUGUGUACUAUUGAUUUUAUUGAAUCGUUACCUGUUCUCAUAUUUUAAAAUGAAGUUAUUGAAACCUAACUGGAUCUCUCACGAUGGUCAUCCAAUUUUUUCUGUAGAUAUACAUCCAGAUGGGUCACGGUUUGCUACAGGUGGACAAGGUAUGGACACUGGUCGAAUUGUUAUAUGGAACAUGUCUCCUGUGGUCGAAGAAGCAGAUGAAAAAGAUGAAAACGUUCCAAAGGUUUUGUGUCAAAUGGAUAAUCAUUUAGCUUGUGUAAAUUGUGUCCGGUGGUCUGGUAGUGGAAAAUAUUUAGCUUCUUGUGGCGAUGACAAGGUUCUAAUGAUAUGGCAAAUCGGAAGAUAUGGUCUUGGCUCUACAGCAUUUGGAAGUAAUGGGAAAAUGGGAAACGUGGAACAUUGGAGAUGUGUUAGUACAUUAAGGGGACACUCUGGAGAUGUCCUUGAUUUAUCUUGGUCUCCCAGAGAUACUUGGCUGGCAUCUUGUAGUGUUGAUAAUACUAUAGUCAUAUGGAACACAUUAAAAUGGCAAGAAAUCAUUGCUGUUCUCAAAGGUCACAGUGGUCUCGUUAAAGGCGUUUCUUGGGAUCCUGUUGGAAAGUAUAUUGCAUCUCAGUCUGAUGACAAAACAUUGAGGGUGUGGCGUACACACGAUUGGCAGCAAGAAGCUGUCAUUACUGAACCAUUCCUUGAAUGUGGUGGGACUACCCAUGUUUUGCGGUUGAGCUGGUCUCCCGAUGGCCGCUAUUUGGUUUCUGCCCAUGCCAUGAAUAACUCUGGGCCUACAGCUCAGAUUAUUGAGAGAGAUGGAUGGAAAGCCAACCGGGACUUUGUAGGUCAUAGGAAAGCUAUAACUUGUGUUCGUUUUAAUCCUAAUAUACUUUGCACUCAAAUAUCCAAAGACUCUGAGAAGGUUGAACAUUUCUGUUGCUGUGCUAUUGGUAGCAGAGACCGUUCUCUUUCUGUUUGGGUUACAUCAAUGAAAAGGCCACUUGUAGUUAUUCAUGACUUAUUUUCUAACUCUGUUCUUGAUAUAUCAUGGAGCCAAAAUGGAAAAGAAUUAAUUGUUUGCUCUUGGGAUGGAACAGUUGCUUACAUUGGCCUCAGUGACGAAGAAAUUGGAAAACCAGCUACUGAAGAAGAAAAAAAUCAUUUACACCAGAGCUUAUAUGGCAAGAGUUUAGCUAUGACAAACCAUGCUGUAUCAUCAGCUUUAAGCGUUAUUGAAAAUCCAGAAAUACUGAAGUUGCAAGAAGAAAUUAAAAUUAAGAAAGAGGAAGAAGAUUCCAAAGAAGCUUCUAUGAAUUGCAGUUCCCCAAAGUCCUAUUCAAACGAUAACAUUAGUAAGAUAGAUUUACAAGCAUCAAACUCGCAGAGUAGUAGACCAUUACCUCAUAUAAAAGGUCCCACUGAUAAACAAAUAGAAACCAGAUUAGCAGAUGGACGAAGAAGAAUAACACCACUUUUUAUCCCACCACCUCCAGAUAUCGGUGAAGUUCCUCAACCCUUCAACAGUCGUGCUCCACCUACUUUCAGCUCAUCAUCGGAGAGUAAGAGUAAGAUCAUUAUUGAAAAACGAGAUGAAUCUAACAGUCAGUCGUCUAGUCAAAAUGUUGUGCACAAAUCAGAAAAUGGUUUACCUCUCGUUAAUUCAUUUGCAUCAGCAACUUCAUCACCAGCUUUCACAUCUAUUGCAUCUACAACAACUGUGACAAAUACUACUGUGACCUCAAGUGCCACAUCUAUUAAAACUUCUGUUAUAUCUAGUGUUGCAAAUUGUGUGCCAAAUACAUCUAGCGUCGUGUCGAGCACGAACCAGCUUCCGACGUCAAAAGAAGAGUUGUCUCCAAAACCAGAUUCUACAGUUGUGCUUGACCAAACGGAAGAAAAACAGAGAGAAGUGGUGUCAUCUACUCCAGUUUCUAAGACAAAAGAAUCGUCUAAGGGCGCUAUUGUAGACGCAUCUCCUGUAAACUCAUCUACUUCCUUGAAAAGGAAGUCAGAGGCUCCUUUACCGAGUCGACCAGAAAAGAAAAGGCCUGGUCGACCACCACUUUCUCAGUCACAGUCACAAGCUCCUAAGCCUGUGCCUGAAAAAGUUAUAGUUCAAGAAAAAGUUUCAACUCCCGAAAAGUCAACACAUUUGACUUCUGCCAUACACUUACCACCAUUAAAGGCAGAUAAAACCCCCAAUGUGUUGGUUUAUCAUGAUAAAGCAAGUGGAGAACCUGUUUAUUUGGAAAUUGAGAACAAUAUUUCAGUGGGAUCUGGAGCAGUGAUACAUAGGCUGAAGUGUUUAUGUGGGAAGACCGUAAAGUGGGAAAUCGCCUUAAACAGCAAGGGAACAUCUGUAGCAGGAAGCGCGUCAAUCUGUUGUGUUGUAUGUGAAGAUAAAACAUUGUCUAUAUUUUCUCAGAAUGGCAGAAGACUUUAUCCUCCAAUUGUGUUAACAUCAUUUGUCACCAGGUUAUCUUGUAGCGAUCAAUAUGUUAUGGUCAUUACAUCAAAAGGCUAUGUCUCAGUUUGGGAUUGCCUGAAACUGAGUUGCUUGGUACAGAAUGAAUCAUUGUAUCCCAUUAUGCAAGAAGAUACAUCUGGUGACCUGUCUGUUAGAGGUACUGGACUUAGUGAUGCUGGUGUUCCUAUGGUUAGCUUGUCAAAUGGAAAAUCAUAUGUAUUCAGUACAGACAUGAAAUCUUGGUUACUUGUAAGUAGUUCAAAUAACAUGAUUCAACUUUGUUCUGAACACCAGCUGAGGUUUUCUCCUCAAGAAUUGUCUAAUGGUCGAAUAUUACCCUUAGCUGCUCUUCAAGGACAGAAUCAGAGCAAAGCAAUGCACCUGGCACGGGGCAUUAUGAGCAGUGAUCCAAAUAUGAGGCAACUUGGAACAAUCAGUCACUUAGACAGUCAACUAGCUGCUUCACUCAGUUUAAAGUCCAGCAAAGAGUACAAGUUCUGGUUGCUUUCUCUAGUCCGAUAUCUAGUACAAGAAGGCUUGGAAGCCCGACUGAGAGAUGUUUGUGAUGGUCUUUUAGGCCCAGUCAUAAAAACAGCCAAAAAUUCUGAUUGGAAACCUAAUAUUUUGGAACUACAAAAGAGGGAUCUUCUGAAGGAAGUGUUGCUGAUUAUGGGUUCAAAUCUAAGAUUUCAAAGGCUAUUUAUUGAGUAUAGAGAUCAGCUAGAAGGCUUAAAAACAUAAAUGAAACCUACACAUAUGAAAUGAAAAUAUAAACAUUCCUUCAGUCAUGAUUCCUGUGGUAUCCUUGUACUGCCAUCUAAAUUCAGACCACAGCGAAGAAGCUCAAUUAUUCUUGAUCGUAGAUUAAAACGUGUCUAUGUGAUGUUUUUAUGAAUAUGUAUUUAACCAAAACUUGACUCCAAUAUGAGUAAUCCAUGAGCUAAUUAGUUAGAUACUGGUAACACAUUAAUAAUUAAAAUUCUGCCUGAAUAUUGAAUUACUUUGCAAUUCAGUAAAACCCUAAAAAUUCAGAAAUGUUAAAAAAAAUAUUUUGUUCAACUCACGAGGAGAAUAAAAUGAGCAAAACCAAUUUUAUACCAGAGACAGGAUGUGAAAAUUUGGAUGCAGUAAAAAUGUAGUAUUAAAAAAAUCUAUUGGAAAUACUAAGCGAUUACUCGACCAUGUGGUUUUAUGAUGAAAUCUCGGCGAAUGGAAGGUUGCUUUAAAAAGCAAAAACUGAAAUGCAUGAUUCAAAUUGGGCGUACUGUAUUAUCGUAUUAAAAUGUACAGAUUUAAAAACAAACCACGUGGAAAUUUGUAAAAUACUGCCAGGAAUUGGGAUGAAAUUGCGCAUAUUUCUCUUUAAAAUUGUGCCACUGAUAUCUCCUUUGGCGUAAGAGGACACAAUACCACGGAAGAAACCUUUCAUCGCAAAUUCUCUUUUACUUUCAUUACUAAUUCAAAAUUAAAAGUAUAAACAAAGUGAGUUCAGACACACCUGGAGUAAGUAAUGAAUUUUCAUUUGCUGAAAAAAAAAAUUCAAAUCAUCAUAAUGUGGACAAAGUAUUGGAAGAAAACUUCCUCAUUGCGUAAUCCUAAGUUAUCGUAAUUUAUAUUCGUUUCAAUAUUUUAAAAAUUUCUUUUCAAUAUUGUAAACUUCAUGGCUUACUCUACGUUUGUCCGCACUCACUUUUUUAAACUUUUAAUUCUAAAUUAGUUAUAGAGGCGAAAGAGAAUUUGCAAUGAAAUAUUUCUCCCAUGGUAUGGCGUCCUCAUAAGUUAAGUAUCAAACAGCUAGGAUUUUCCAAAGUCUGAACAAACCUCUGGCAGUCUUCAGUUUUCAUCAUUACGCUGUAUCAAAGUAAAAUUAUUUCAGGUGGAUCUAUUAAUUAGUGCCAUAUAAAACUUCCUUUAAUAAUUUAAAUCAUUUUCGUAGCUCAUGAGAUUUACUACAGUGUCAGUGAGAUAUAAAGAUAUCAGCUUUCAUUUGUAAUAUAUGUGUAUUGUUCAUGUAAAUAAUUCCAUUUUAAUUUUAUAGAUUUUUUUUUUUACAAUGUGUUUUUAGACUUGCAAAAAUCUUUCCUGUAGUAAAUUGUUUUUCAAUGAAUUGUGAUGAGUUUUAUUUGAAUGAAAUGAAAUGAAACAAAAAAAGGUGAUAUUUUGUACAUAAUCUAAAAAUAAUAAAAAAAAAUGUAUUUGGAAGUGCAUUAUCAUUGUUUUGUCAAUAGAAUUUUUAACCCUUAAAAAGUGUCUGCCAAACUGCUUUUUAUUACUUUGAUUCAUAUUUUUCUGACUGCAUUCAGAUCAAUUUUUUUUUCAAGUCUUUUUGUUGCUUAGGUUCUCUAAUGUCAUAAUGUAGUUUUUUUGUUUUUGUUUUUAUUAAAAGUGAAAAUUUUUAGUAUUUUUACAAAUUCCCUUUUUAAAAAAGGUCUAAAACUGGUGCCUUGACUGGAUAAUUGUUUUUCUUAUCUUUAACGACAAUAAGAAAGUAAUAAUCUAAUAAUAAUAAUAAUCUAAUAAUUAAAAAUAAAAUAAUAAUAAUAAAUAAAAUAAUAAUAAUAAUCUAAUAAUAAGUAAUAAUCAAAUAAUAGUAGUAAUGAUACCUGCUCUAUUUGUUUCAUGUGCUGUACUCCUGUCUUAGAAUGACUAUAUUGUUGCAGGUUAUUGAAAAUCACAAUUUGCAUCUUAUGAAUUGGUUCCUUGCUCAUUCUAAUUCUUUUAGAGUAACAAUUUGUCAGGUUUUUUUAAUUUGAUUAUUAUCAUUUCCUUUAAAAUCAGGAAGAAAAAAAAUUAUACCAUCAGAAUUUCUGCGACAAUUCUCUUAAAUUACUCAAAUUUUUGUACAUGACUGAUAUUUGCACCUAUCAGUAAAAUUAUUUUAAAUAUAAAUUUUUAUUUCAUAACAUUUAUAAUUGUUUUUAUCACAAUUUUGUAUUAUAUUUUUGUUAUUAUAGAUUUCUUUAUCUCAAUAUUUAGUUUUUUUCUGCCUUAAUGUGUUGUUUAUCUUGGAUAUUAAUAGAAUUGUUAUUGCAAAUCUUUUAUGUAGUAUAACUUCAUUAAUAUGAUAAACCAAAAUUAUGGAAACAGAAUGAAAAACACCUUUAUGUAUAAAAUUAUUUUUUUAAUGUAGUUGUAAAUUUUCUUUUAUAUUUGUUUGUUGCUGUUACGUACUUCUUUAGUCAGUACUUAAUUAAACGAAUAUGUAAAAAAAAAAAA